GCUGAGUGAGAUGAAGGCUCACAGACUGGACGUAGGGCUGGAGAGGUGUGCUGAGGUUCUCGCUGGACUGGAUUACAAUGCUGAGGUCGCUGUUGACUGCGUUGGUGCUUUUGGCUCUGCAGACCCAGGACAGAGCUGUUGAAGGACUGGAGCUACGAGCUUAUGACUACACCACGUACCACACCAUGGAAGAGAUCUCAGUCUGGAUGGAGCAGAUUGAGAAAGACCACCCGGACGUUGUCUCCAGUAUGAUCUAUGGGACGACGUACGAAAAGAGGAACAUAACUCUGCUGAAGAUCGGCCUAAGCAGCACUUUGCCGAAGAAGGCGAUCUGGAUGGACUGUGGAAUCCAUGCCAGAGAAUGGAUCGCUCCUGCUUUCUGCCAGUACUUUGUGAAGGAGAUCCUGGGCUCGUACAAAACAGACCCAAAGAUGAACGAGCUGUUUAAAAACCUGGACUUCUACAUCACUCCAGUCCUGAACAUGGAUGGAUACAUCUACUCCUGGAGAGACAACACAACACGCCUGUGGAGGAAAUCCAGGUCACCAGGCACUGACGGCUGCACCUGUUUUGGCACAGAUCUGAACCGCAACUUCUAUGCUAACUGGGGAAUGGUGGGAAUCUCCAGGAACUGUUGUUCGGAGGUCUAUAAUGGACAGUCUCCUCUUUCUGAGUCCGAAGCCGUUGCGGUCACUGACUUUCUGAGCGCCAAUCGAGACCAACUCUUGUGUUUCCUCACCAUCCACUCUUAUGGACAGCUGCUCCUGGUCCCUUACGGACACCCAAACAUCUCAGCACCCAACUACGAUGAACUGAUGGAAGUGGGUCUGGCUGCAGCGAAGGCCAUCAAAGCUGUUCAUGGAAUGGACUACACUGUGGGCACCUCUCCUGACGUGCUGUAUGCAAAUUCGGGUUCCUCGCGUGACUUUGCCCGUCUAAUCGGGAUCCCUUUCUCCUUCACCUUCGAGCUGAGAGACAAGGGCGACUUCGGCUUCGAACUGCCUGAAGAUCAGAUCCAGCCCACGUGUGAGGAGGCUUAUCAGGGGGCCAUGUCCAUCAUCACCCACGUCCAUGAUAAGACUUUUACCAGUGCAGCUUUUACCGUAACAGCCACGCUGUGGACCACGCUGACAGCUGCGUGGCUCUCUAGCACCACCUUGCUGUAAACUGAUGAAGCUUCUCCUCAGCGUUUGACUUCAUCACCUGAAGAUCAACCGAAUCAAUGACAUUCUGUCACCCGUGUUCAGUAGCAUUAGCUACCCAGUUGCUAUCAAGUGUAAAUGAAGUUAUGCUUGAUAUUUAAAAUUUGAAAUAUUUAUUAAAAACUGUCAUUCCAAAGGUACUAAAGUUGCUAAUGGGGAAUUACAACACUUUUUCAAAUUUUCUGCAUAAUUAAACUAUUGAGCUUUAAUCAGAAUGAUUCAGAGUGGUUUGGUGUUAAGUGGUUCAGAUGUCUUU